AUGAAUAAUACCGUUUAUGAAAUUGUUUCUUCUAAUCGUGGUCAAGACAAAAUUAAUAUUCAUGGCCAAGCAGUUACCACAUUCAUUGAAGGACAACAUCGUCUCCAAAAAGUUACAGAUCAUAAUCAUGCCGCGGAGGCAAGUCGAGUCAAUGUUAUAAGAACCAUUAAUACUUUAAAAGAGAGAGGAAAAGAGACUAAUGAACCACCUGCACAAAUUAUUCAAACCACAACUGCUAGUAUCUCUCACGAAACGCGUCCAUACCUUCCAUCUCGUGAUGCACUUCGUCAAACAAUUAAUCGAAUUAGGAGCUCUGAUCUUCCUGUAGAACCAGAAUCUUUAAAUGAACUUAUUGUUCCUGAAGAUUUGACAAAGACUCUAA